AAAAAUAUUUCAGUUGUUAUGAGACCUCAGUAGAGGCAACAUCGAUUUAUUUAUUUAUUUUUUUAUUUUACUUUUUUUUUUUGGCAUAAAUUUUUAUAAAAAAAAGUCAAAAAUGGAUCACGAUCACGAGCAUCAUGAUCCUGGCGGCGAGGAAUGUGGCAUGAAGAUGUUGUUCCAUUUCACGGACUGUGAAAAAAUCCUCUUUGACGGUUGGAAUACAAACGCUUUGUGGAAAUUUAUCGUGUCGUGCAUCGGAAUUUUCCUGAUAGCCUUUCUGUACGAAGGAUUCAAAUUUAUGCGUGAACAAUUGCAACUCCGACAACUGAAACGUGAAGCAGGCACUUGCGCACCUGGUUGCGAUCCGCCCCAAAAGUCGUUCAAGGAGGGCGCCUUAAAUGCCGAGCACAUUAUUCAAACAUUUUUGUAUUUGAUCCAGAUCACUGUCAGUUACUGCUUGAUGUUAGUCGUCAUGACAUUCAAUUGGUGGCUCUUUUUCGCGGUGAUUUUCGGCGCAAUGUUAGGAUAUUUUGUCUUUGGAUGGAUUCGACAAAAACAAAUAGAUCAAGAAACUUGCUGCAAAUAAGGUUCAAGUGUUUUAUUUAUAUCACGAAGACGAAAAAAAAAAUAGGAACAAGCUGGAACAUAGAUAAGACAUGGAGAAAAAGAUAGCGAUUUGUGAUAAAAAAUUGUCUUUGCUGGAAUUGAAGCGUUUUCUUAUAAAUAUUUGAGGUGAUAAGUGAAUAAAGUGAUAAGUACAUAAAUGAAGAUAAUAAUCAAGAGGCCUUCGAUCGCGUUCGAAAUAAAAAUUAAUUUUUUUUUUAACUACGACUAUACAUUUAUUGACUACGAUGCUUGCUAUAAUCUUAUAAAAGUAAUUCAAAUAUAAAAAUUAAUCUAUAUUUUUCGAUAGAAUCCGCAACUGAGUCACUUUUUUCGGAUUAACAGCUGACAAUUCUUCAAUUCGUGCAUUUCUUCACGUCUUUCUUAUCAAAUUUUUAUUGUGUACGUUUAUUUAGGUGUAGUAGAGUAAUUAAUAUUUAAUAUUAAAACGACUUAUUUAAUAAUUUUUAUGUAAUAAAUAUGAGAUAGCUGCAGUUAAAUGCUAAUUUAUGAGUCUUUUGAUCAAUUUCUUAAUAGACGAUUACGCCUUCUAAAGUAGAGCUGGU